AAACUCCUCAGAGAUUGAAGACCUUUGUUGAAUCUCCCUGAAAGUCAUAAACAAAACAAUGGCUGCCAAGCUGAUCGUCGCCUUUUGUUUGUCUUUUGUUGUACUUACGACCUUAGCAGCUCCGACGCCUGACCAUGGCUCCGGCCACGGACACGGUGGCUUUGGGCACGGACACGGUGGCUUUGGGCACGGACACGGUGGCUUUGGCCAUGGCGGAUAUGGGCAUAGCCACGGACACGGUGGCUACGGACACAGCACCGGUCACGGACACGGUGGAUACGGCCAUGGGCAUGGUUCCGGACACGGCGGAGUCGGUGGUCACGGCUAUUCUCACAUCAGCUAUGGCGGUUACGGUCAUGGGCACGGAGGCUUUGGCCAUGGGCACGGAGGCUUUGGCCAUGGGCACGGGGGCUUCGGCCAUGGAUUUGGUUAUGGUCACUAAAGAACACGUCAGGUUCGUUAUGCCAAAGGUUUAAAGGAACUAUUAAGGUUUUUUUUAUACUGGGUGUGCAAAGAAUGAAAAAUGCAUAGAUAUUGAAGUAAAAUAACAAUUAAG